UUCUUGUUUUGGCAGUUUGUUUCGAUAUACACGGAUUGUCAGUCCACCAAGAAGGCGUUUUGGACUGGUUAAUCAACAAGAAGCUGCGAUGGUACUGAUUGAGCAGUGACUGAGUGUGUGGGCAGGUAUAGGGAGCUGGCAAGUGUAGUUUCACAAUGGCAGAUGGAGGCAGUGACGACGAUGUAAUUCACCUGGCAAGUUUCAACGUCCACCGCAGCCAAGGGUCCCGUGCCCGUCAGAGGGAGCUCAUCACCAUCUCUGAUGACUCGGACGAGGAGCCGGUGACUCUGGUGCCUGGCAGUCCUGUUUUAGUCCCAGAUGAUGCAGAUGAUGACGACAUCAGCAUUCUGGAGCCACUGACUCCUGCACGCAGACACGUGAUUCGGCCAGCAGCAAAAUGGAGUGGGGCCUCGCACAACCUAAUCCAAGUUGUAAGUCACAGUAGUGCAACGUCUGGGUUUCCCACAGGCGACCCCAGUUCUGCCCCCUCUACCUCCAGAGAUGCCAACGCUAACUCGUCCACAAUAAGGCCAGCCAUACGAACACAGACACCAGUGCAGUCUAGCACUUUUGGACACACACAGCCACAACCUGGCUCUUCUUCAUACACACUGUCUCAGCCAAAAGUUAACACAAUACCACAGCAACAGGACGGCACAUCAGCACAUACAAACGUGGAGCUCCAUGCAGUUUCCUCUGUCCAAACCCCGUCUACCUCCACUAAUGCCAAGGCUAACACCAUCUCAUCCAGAGCACCUAUACGAGUAUGUAUUCAGCCUCAGCCCAGCACAUCUGGACUCGCGCAGCCACAAGCUGGCUCUUCAGCACAAACACCGGUGGAGGCCCAGGCGAGUACCUCUGCCAGUGCCACACAUAAUUCUUGUGCAGCUUCAGUUACUGCAUCCAGUUCUUCUACAAAGACUCAAGAGCAGGCGAGUACAAGUACUCAUUCACAAGACAAUCCUCAGGCUAGUACUUCAUCUGCACAGUCACAGUCUCACACACGGACGCAGCCUCAGCCCGGUACAUCAACACAGACUGCAACCGUACAGCCCCACCUCGUCCAGGUGAACGAGGUGAAGCUAGUUGUUCUUCCACAACAGCCCAGCAUCCACGCCUCUGCGCUAAUCACCCAGCCCCAGCUGCAGCUCAGGACGCAGAACCUGCUGCAGCCUGUGCCGCUCAAUCGAAUGCAAGGCAACCUCAUUCAGAUUGAGCCUCAACCCCUGGCCCAGGCCCCGGCCCAGAAUCCAGUCCAGGCAGCACAAGCCCCUCAGGUGAUACCGGUGAUCCCCCCUGCAGUGCUAAUAGCUGCAGCCCCAGAGAGACUAGGACCCCCAGAGGCAGGUCACCGGAUCAUCCUGGGGAGCCAGGCGCCUGGGGACGCUGUUCCCAAUCCUCCACCACAAGCUGGUGCCAGUGUGGGUCCACCAGCCCGCGGCCUCAACAUCAGGGUGCCCAAUGUGAACUCUAACCCUGCUGUUCCCCCAGCGCCCGCAGCCCCUGUCCCUCCAAAUGGAGGAGAGGUUCGUCUCAUUAUGGCCCCAAACCCAGAACGGGUCAAUCCAGCCCCUGGUCUGGUUGCGGUCCCUCCGGCACCUGAGGACAUUCCACGAAUAGAGGAUGCGAGGCCCGGACCGUCUGCACCGCGAGAGAGAGCAGAGCAGCAUCCCCACAUCAGACCCCUCAUCACUGUCGUUCUGGAUCUAUUCCCAGAUGUCCAGGAAACCUAUGUAGCAGAACUGAUCCAAAAGAAUAAUGUGAAAGACUUGAAUGUUAUCUGUAACCUGCUGUUGGAAAACCCAGAGUAUCCAAGGAGAGAGGCUGCAGCAGCUGCAGCAGCUCCCACCAGCAUCCUACUGGAGUCCGGAGACACCCAGACAGAGGUGACCGAGGACCUGUUCGACUACACCAAGCUGGGCACGGUGGGACCAGAGGCUGUGAUGCAGGCUGCCGACUUGCUCAUGGCAGAUUUCAGGAUGCUCAGCUGUCAGGACAUCAAAUGGGCCCUCAAUGCUCUGAAGGGACACUAUGCAAUCACACGCAAGGCCUUAUGUGAAGCUCUGAAGAAGUGGCAAGAUUCAGGCGACCCCUCAGGAAAGAGACGACGGAGCAGAGCCUCCUCUGAGCGCUGCUACGUUGAUUUCCAUUUUGAGCAUGGUUCAACGAAGCUGGACAAGAGGAUGUAUUUCCUGGAGAAUGACCGUCGCUACUGCAGGACGUACAGCAACCUGGAAGCUUCUGUGCAGAAGGAGCUGUCGUUCUAUCAGCAGAAAGCAAAGGAAUGGGCAGAGCAUGAGGACUUCCUCCUGGCUCUGCAGGUCAAUGAGGAUGAAUAUAAGAAGGACGGUCAGCUGAUCGAGUGCGGCUGCUGCUACGGGGAGUUUGCGUUUGAGAAGAUGACGCAGUGUUCGGACGGUCACCUGUUCUGUAAAGAGUGCCUGGUCAAAUACGCUCAGGAGGCAGUGUUUGGCUCCGGGAAGUCGGAGCUGAGCUGCAUGGAGGGGGGCUGCCCGUGCUCCUACCCGGUGUGUGAGCUGGAGAAGGUCCUACCAGAAAACAUACUGUGUAAAUAUUACGAGAGGCAGGCGGAGGAGGCGGUCGCUGCCACCUGUGCCGAUGAGCUCGUGCGGUGUCCGUUUUGCAACUUCCCGGCCUUGUUGGACAAAGACAUGUCUCUGUUUAGCUGUCCCAACCCGCGAUGCCGCAAGGAGAGCUGUAGAAAGUGCCAUGUCCAGUGGAAGCAGCAUGUAGGGAAGACGUGUGAGCAGGUUCUCGAGAGGGAUGAGAUCCGCAUGAGGGUGCUCUUUGAGGAGCGUAUGACGGCGGCCCGGGUGAGGAAGUGUGUGAAGUGCGGGACGGGCCUGGUCAAGUCGGAGGGCUGCAACCGGAUGUCGUGCCGCUGCGGCAGCUUCAUGUGCUACCUCUGCCGAGAGCCCAUCACCGGCUACAACCACUUCUGCCAGCACGCCCGCUCUCCCGGCGCGCCCUGCCGCCACUGCCGCAAGUGUUCCCUCUGGACCGACCCCACGCAAGACGACGAGCGAAUCAUCCAGGAGAUCCAGAAAGAAGGAGAGGCGGAGCUGAACAAGAAAUGUGCAGAUAAUUCAGGGAAGAGGGUCGGUCCUCCUCCGGAGCCCAUUACCGACGUGAAGCGGCCGCGUGUGGGUCCGCCCCCUGAAAACCCACCCAACCCCAACCCGGCGGCCCCACCCCACCCCCAGGCGGUACAAGCUCCCCUGUUCGUCCCCCCGCGUGCCCGUUACCCUCCGGCUCCGCCCCAGGGCAGGAUGUACCACCAGGUGAUCGUGCCCCGGCUGCCCCCAGCGCCCUACGUGCCCCCCCUGCAGCACCUGCCCCCACUGAACAAUAACAACAACAACAACCACCACCAUCACCACCACAACCCUCCCGUCAACCCUCACCACCACAACAUGGACGUGAUGGACCUGCCCAUGCACUACGGCCCGCCGCACCGCUACUACAGACGCUUCUAA